ACAAUUCAUUAGUAUUCCUUCAACUCGCAUCGAAGUCGGAAGUCAAAAUCAUCGAUCGCUCAUUAAGAUUAAAAUUUUGUGAAAAGGCUUAAAAUUAUCCAUAAUAUAACGAUAAAUCAUGUCUGGAACAAUAUUACACCCUCCAGUUACUUGGGCUCAAAGAAAUGACGUCUUGUUUGUAACAGUCAACAUAGAAACAAAAGAUCCUGAAAUUAAAAUCACAGAAGAUUCGCUAUUGUUUAAGGCCGUAGGAUUACCAGAGAACAAAAAUUAUGAAGUGACUCUGAACUUCCUAAAGAAAAUUAAUCCAGAUAAAGUCGCACAGAAAAACAGUGGACGAUGUUAUGAAUUUAUCAUUACCAAAGCUGAUACGAAAUCAGAAUAUUGGGCUUCUCUUACGAAUGACAAGAAGAAGCCACCAUAUCUUAAGGUAGAUUUUAACAAGUGGAAGGAUGAAGGAUCAGAUGAUGAGGAACAGCCAGAAGCAGCAGGAGCCGGUUUUGGUGAUGGAAUGGGUGGAAUGGGAAAUUUUAAUGAUUUAAUGAGUUCAAUGGGCGGUGCUGGUGGAAUGAUGGGUGGUGAUGGAAAACCUUCAUUUGAUGAUUUAGACGAUGAACAGGAUAGCGACGACGAGGAAAUACCCGAUUUGGAGGAAGCCAAGAAGUGAACGAGUUAAGACAAAGAAAUAACAAACAAAAAAAAAACAACAAAACUAUGAAUAAAUUAACUAAAAUCACUUCAAUAUUGAUUCAUAAGAAGUAAAUCAUUCAAAAAAGAUUCUCUCUAUUCUAAAGGAGAGCUAAUCCAUUUAGUGUUUAAUUUCCUUUAAUUAUUACAAAUACAAACUACUCCUAUUAUGAAUUAUAAUACAAAUUGAAAGGAUUUCACGGUUUUCAUGCAGUUUUGGUCUGUCUUUAAUUCGUCUCCGGUAAAAAUUCAAGUUAUCUCACUCUUUUUUCUACCUACUUUAAUAACUUAAUGGUUUCCCUGAAUUUUUUUGUAAGCAUUAAUAAUUACGUAAAUUAAACGAAAACAUGAUCCAAAAAC